AUGAAGUCUCGUGAUUCGGCCCCGGCGGAGGCAUCAGGCAGUGCUGGAAUUAAAUCUGCAGCAGCUGUAACAUCGGCUGGCGGAGUUCUAUCUGAGGCUACCGGAAGCCCAAAUACGGGUGUUGAAGGUCGUUUCGACCCCAUAGAGCAAGUAGGAGCUGAGACUCUGCGAUAUUCGCGACCAGACGACGUGACGGCGAAGUUUGAGUCCAAAAUUCAAGCAUCAAUUGUAUACCUACACGAGCUUUCGCAGCCAAAGGAAUACUACAUAGUGCGUGGAAAACCUUCUAUCACACAGUUAUUGUCGGACCCCGGCCCAGCUGGAUAUAUGAAAAAUUUGCCAGAGUAUAAGGCUCUUCCCGGAGAUCCAAAUCCAGAUCUUGUAUGGAUCCAUUUACCAGCAAAUAAUAUGUCCUGGGUAGAGAAACUAGUCACAACGCGAUAUGGGGAACUCCUCAAAGAUUCCGCGGUGGAUGACAACUCUGAUAAAGCAAACAAAGAUGCAGUCGGUAAAGGCAAAGAUGUAGUCGGUAAAGGCAAAGAUGUAGUCGGUAAAGGCAAAGAUGCAGUCGGUAAAGGCAAAGAUGCAGUCGGUAAAGGCAAAAAUGCAGUUGGCAAAGAUGCAGUUGGCAAAGAUGCAGUCGGCCAAUUGUUUUUACUUUCUCCUGAAGUUUGGACACAACGACAACAUAAUGGCAGUUUCACUCAGCCAUCAAAGCAAGAGAGGUUCCUGCAACCACUAUACUCUAGGAUAUCAACACUAGAGUCCAGCAUCCCGAGUGCGAGGGACAUCUACACAGAGUCAGAUUCAAAACCUAACUCGGUACUUUUUAUGCCAUAUAUCCAUUGGGAAUACAUCGAUAGGUAUGUCCUCAGAAACAAAUGCCUCGAUUGGAUGUGCAGAAAGGAACCCCAACAGAUUUCUGACCACAACAAUCCGAAGCCUAAGCUUAAGCUUAAACGCGCUAUGGCUGAUGAGACUGCUACUAAUUCUUGGACCCCGGAACAAGCAAACAAGGAAUUGCUAGAUUUAAGUGAGAAAAUAGAUAUCGAUUCCAAGCUUCUCUUAGCAUAUGUCCAUGAAGACUCACCAUUACACGUCCGCCGCACCUUGGAUCAGUCAUUCUACUAUACGCUUGCAGACGAAGAGAUUCGUACCCGAGAUUUGGAUCAGGUUUUGUAUCGCUACACUAACGAAUACCUUCAUAUGACAGCUCCUCGUAUCCUAAUGGUAGAUCAACUUUGGCUUUGGAUAAUUGAUGGAUCUGAAAAGUCUAAACAGCCAAGAACUGUUAUCACUGCAUUUCCUCAAAGUUGGGGGACUGUACCACCUGCCAUAGCAACAAGCCCAAACCAACCAUCCUCACCUCCCCCAGCGCCACCAAGUCAUGCCUCCCAUGCUACUACCAAUUUACCUGUAACAGAGCCCCGGCAGCUCGUGGAUCGUGCUCUAUACGACUUCACGGGUGAAGGCGACAACGAGAUCUCAUUUAGGAAAGAUGACACUCUCACGCUUGUCAAAAACGGCACCAAUGGCUGGUGUAUGAUAGACAACGGCAGGGGCAAAGGAUGGGCUCCUUCCUCGUACCUCAAUCUAAAAACACCUUCUCCCGGUGCUGCAACUGAAGUUCGAAAUGAAGAUUUGUUCACGACAGAUGAUAGGUCUCAAUUUUAUGACAGAAUAUUUUCUGCUCUUUUGCAACCUGAUGUGGAGAAGAGUUCGGCGGAUGAUGUUGUCAAUUUGAUUAUUGACAAGUGUUCUGGGCUCUUCCAUCCACGUCACGAUGAGAUUGACCACAUGCUUGACUAUCUUGAGGUCUUUGCCAUCGUCAUUGGAAAAGCAGCGAAUAGGCAGACAACGCUUCACAAUGCAUUAUGCACCCACUCAGAAAGACUGCAGAAACUCCAGGGACGUCUUCGUCAACUGUCUAGUGCAUCGCUCCGUGAAAGGUGGGGAAGGCAACUUGAACCGGCAACCCAAGGCGCAAACAUUCCAGUCGAGGUUGUUUCUCUUAAUCCGUCCCUUGCCGAGGAAUGGUCAAAGUUUCCCAAGUUAGCUGAUCCUGUGGUAGCGCGAGGAGAGGAGUUUCCAGAUAUAGCAGAACCUUUGAGCAAAGGAACUAUCCCUAAGAUUGAGCUUCUGAUCGAGCACGAGAUGAAUUACUUGGUCGAUAUCACAAAGGAAACUGAGCUCAUGAAAGAAACUAAGGAUAUUCUAGACGAAUUGAAUAUGAUCUCUUCCAUUUUCAAACAGCAAUUGAGGAUAGUAAAAGCCAUGGCAGAAAACAAAGCAGAUAGCAAAAAUCUUGAACAGCUUCCUUCCGAGCCGCUGGAUCCUUCUGGAACAGCCAAAGGGAGCCAGAUCCCGAAAGAACAAGACAAUCUUCAAGACGAUGCAAAGAACUCUGCUGUAAAGUAUACAAAACUACACCAGAAACUGAAAGGCAGAGAACAGGAUAUCGAAGAUCUGAAGACGGAAGGAACAAGGGUAUACAAAGCCAUUUGCGAUUUGUUGGAUCUCAAGCAAAAACAGGCCAGCGUUUCUGAAGCCUACUCAGCGCGUCAGGAGGCCAAAGAGUCUGCCCGACAAGGAAACAUAAUACUUGUGUUUACAAUCGUUACUAUCAUUUUUCUGCCCCUCUCAUUCAUUGCUGCCAUAUUCAGCAUGAAUGCUAAGGAAAUCAAUGACUUCGCAGGUCGAACAGUCAGAGGUGUAUUAGUGGUUAUGCUUCCAUUCACGGUCGGCACACUGAUAUUUUCCCUAAUACUCGCCUAUUAUAUAUCUAUCAAAUGGUUCCUCAUUGGCCUCUUCACAUGGGCGCGACACCGACACAAUCAGGCACUCAAAACUGCAGCCACGCCAUCCGCAGCCGAAUCUCCAGCUCAAAAAGCCCCCGACCAGGGAACGACGUCGAGUUCAGGAACAAGCGCCGAGGCAGGUGGUGGUGCUCCCACGGAAGCAAGGAGACGAGCUGGUUUUUCAUGGCCUCUUAAACAUAAGAAGAAGACGGAUGAUCAGCCUCCAGGACAGGCAGGAUGGGAGACUGUUUGA